CGGACUUUCUUCAAGUUAUAUACUGCAAUUUUUUUUUUUUUUUAAAUAUUCGAGUAAGUUCCAACGGCAACUCGUUUAAUUUGCAUUUUUAGUACCUAUUUGUUUUUUUGUUUCAUCAUAUUAUGAUUAUGGCCAAGUUUUCCCGUUUACGUCCGUUAGUUACAUUAGGCGUAGGUGCGACUUGCGGUAGUCUAGUCACAUAUUAUUAUUAUGGAUUCAACAAGACUGAGUUAAGCGAUGGAAAUCAACAGCGACAUUACAAUAUUUCUGAAAACAAACAAUCCAAGUGGGAUGCAAACUGGGACAGGUAGACGUCAACCGGUCAGUAUCGUGAAAUCACCUUACCCGGAUAACACUCAAAAUCAUAACAGUUCGGAUGGGAAAGUAUCCCAAGCAGUCAGGUACAUUUUUCUCAUUAGACACGGCCAAUACAAUACAAAAGGUGAAACUGACAAAGAACGACAACUGACUGAGCUCGGGAGAAAACAAGCUUUGUUAACUGGAGAACGUUUAAGUGCAUUAAAAUUACCAUGGACUUCAAUUGCUCAGUCGACCAUGACACGAGCAAUGGAAACUUGUUCGUUGAUUCAAAAACAUUUACCUGGAGAUAUACCUGUAAGUUCGACCGACUUACUAAGAGAAGGGGCUCCAAUACCACCGGAUCCACCCCAUCCACGUUGGAAACCCGAUGAUUAUGAGUUUUAUCAAGAAGGAGCUCAAAUUGAGGCUGCCUUCAGAAAAUUCUUUCAUAGAGCGCCUCCUGAACAAACAGAAGAUUCGUAUGAAAUUAUUGUUUGCCACGCCAACGUUAUCAGAUAUUUCGUUAUGAGGGCGUUGCAAUUACCGCCGGAAGCGUGGUUGCGCCUUAGUUUGGACCAUGCCAGUAUAACUUCACUCGCUAUUCCUCCUGGUGGACAUGUGAUUUUAUUCAAUUACAGCAAUUCAGGCUAUAUGCCACCUGAUGCGAUCAGUUAUUAAACAUUUUUAUUUUUCUGUAAUUAUUUCAUUCCGUUUUCAAGAUAGAUAUUAUUAUGUACUUCUUUUUGAUAUUAAAAUAACUCAAUAGGUUUACAAUUAACGGCACAAUCAACGUCGACUGAUUUCUUCAAAUAAAUAUUGUAAAAAUGUAUGUAUGUAAUUUCGACUACUCAGGAUGGUCCGAUUUCAAUUCUGUAAAAGGUAUAAGAGUUCUUUUUGGCCAAAAAUAAACCAAAAUAGCUUUUACUUAUAGAGCAAAUGAUUUAAGUUAAAAAUAAUACCUAGAAGCUUAUACAAAUUUACUGGUAAAUAUAUUGACAUUGUAGAAUUUU